GGCUCCGUCCCGCCCUCCUCAGUGUCAGGCCUCCGGAUCCGCGCUCGGGGAGGCCGGCCUCGAUGGUUUGGUCCCCGCCGCGCUGGACGCCGCCGCCCGAGUGGAGCUCCGGAGCCGGCGCGGGAGAAAGUCCCGGCGGCCGCGCGGGGGCGGGGCGGGGCGGGGCGGGGCGCGGGCGGCCGAGCCGGUUCCCCUCCUCCGCCAGGCGCCGCCGCAGCCGCUCGGGAAGAGGCGGGCCCUGCGAGCCCGGCGCUCGCCAUGGCUGCCCGGGCGGCGACGCCAGCGGCUCCGCGGACCCCGGACAGCGGCCGGGCCGAUCCCUGAGCCGCCGCGGCCUCGGCUGCUGCGCCGCGCGCCCCGGGCCAUGCAGCCCCCGCUGCUGUGGCUGCUGCUGCUGCUGCUGCCGCCGCUGGGCGCCGUGGCGCCCCGGCUGAAUUCUCUUUCCCAGCUGCCUGCCCCUCAACACCCGAGGAUUCACCUGUACAACACCAAGCAGGUUCUGAGUUGGGAGCCAGUGGCCCUGAGCAAUGACACAAGGCCGGUGGUCUACCGGGUACAGUAUAAAUACACCUUUAGCGAUUGGUCCGACAUCGACAUCGUGGGGGUGAAUUGUACACAAAUCACAGUGACAGAAUGUGACUUCACUGCAAGUGGCAUCUCCAAGGGCUUCCCAAUGGAUUUCAAUGUCACUCUGCGCCUUCAAGCUGAGCUGGGAGAACUCCACUCUGCCUGGGUGACAAUGCCUUGGUUUCUACACUAUCUGAAUGUUACUAUUGGGCCUCCAAAAGACGUUGGGGUGACUCCAGGAGAAGGUUCCCUCAUCAUUAACUUCUCCCCUCCCUUUGAUAUCAACUCUUCCACGGUCUCUUUUGAAUAUUAUGUCUAUUACUGGGAAAAAGCAGGAAUCCAACAGGUUAAAGGUCCUUGUAAGAGCAACUUCAUUUUGUUGGAUGGUUUAAAACCCUUCAGAGUAUACUGCUUACAAGUCGAGGCACAACUGUUUUGGCAAGGCACCAUCAGACAUGGGCAUUUAAGCAACACAACUUGCAACAAAACAAUGGCAGAUGCCUCCACCAAGCUUCAGCAAGUCAUCCUGAUCUCUGUGGGAACCUUCUCCUUGCUGUUGGUCCUGGCAGGGGCCUGUUUCUUUCUGGUCCUGAAGUACAGAGGCCUGAUUAAAUACUGGUUUCACACUCCACCAAGUAUCCCAUCACAAAUAGAAGAGUAUUUAAAGGACCCAGCUCAGCCCAUCUUAGAGGCCUUGGACAAAAACAGCUCACCAAAGGACGAUGCCUGGGACUCCGUGUUCAUUGCUUCAUUUCCAGAAAAGGAGCACGAAGAUGUUCUCCAAACACUUUGAACCAAAGCACUGGUCCAGCCUGCCAGCCACCCAGGAGGACAUUGAGCCUGGGGAGCUGCUGAGAUUCCUGCCGGGACUUUUUCAGACUUGUUCCUGCCUCAAAAAAGCGUGUCAGUGCCUUCUGAGAGAAAGUGGUUCUCAGGGGAAAGACAAGCUUAUUUUUUCUUUCUUUAAAUGAAGACUUUUCUGGGAGGCUUACGUGGGUAGAUUGCUUGAGCUCACAGAUUUGAAACCAGCAUGAGCAAUAGCGAGACCCCCGUCUCUAAACAAUAGCUGGCCCUUGUGGCAAGCAUCUGAAGUCCCAGCUACUCGGGAGGCUGAGGCGAGAGGAUAGCUUGAGCCCUGGAGUUUGAGGUUGCUGUGAACUAUGACGCCACAGCACUUCACCAAGGGCAACAAAGUAAGACUGUCUCAUAAAUAAAAAAAAAAAUAAACGGAGACUUUUCUAAAUCAUACAUUUCUAAAAUGAUUCUAUGGAAAUAUCCUAGAAAAUUAAGGCUUCUUUUUAACACUAAAAAGGCAUGUAUUUAUUUCUUAGCAAAAUGGAUACGGUACAGCUCUACUAUCUUCUUUCAGUGUUAAUUGGGCAGGGUAGUCAGGAAGGAGACCAGGUCCUUCCUCCACUCUGGCAAAUGAACCCAAUAUUAUGGGCAGGUCACAAAAUUGUCCCAGCACACUGAGCAGCCCUUUACCUCCAGUCUGCUGGCUUAAAAUGUGAUUAGUCCUAUAAAUAUUUUCCUAGUAAUUGUUGUUUUUAAGCUAGAAAUAAAAAAUUGUAUGGUACACUUUU